CCUCUUUUCUCUCCCUGUCCCUCAUCUCGGUGUUGGUCCCCUGAGUCUAUCCCUGUCCAGCUUCUUGAUUUUUUUCCCCUUUCAUGGUACUCCGCACUCUUGCAUCAUCCUACAAUUUCUGACAGGUCAAUUUCCCGAUAGCACCCAAGACAAGCAACGGAUUUCUAGCUCCCACUUGCAUCUUUCGCAUUCAAAAUAAUGAUUACGGCUCCUCUUCUUCCCAUCGAAGCGACGUUCUAAGCAGUGAGACCCCAAACCCUCCGUGUCCGGACAUGGUUUUCCUACGGCUCACGGUCAAGGUCUACCCGCGAGACCAGACCUCGUCCUCAGCGUCCUUCUUCCGCUCGUUCCUGGGAGAUCGCGAUCGCGAUGACUCGAAUCGUAACUCCGUCGGUGCGAUGGCCGGGAAACCGGUCAGCUUUCUCAUCGUGCUCGAGCAGCCAGAGGAGGUGACGUUGGGUGGGUUGGCGGGUAUGAUACAGGAGAAGUGGAAGAAGCUGAGGCCAGAUACGGAACCUCUGGACAUCAAGAAACUUCUGGACGAUGACCAUGAAUCUGACGACUUGGAUACCGAUAUGACCGUCGCCGAUGUUUUUGUGGAUAACGGAAAGGCCCGAGCAGAUGGGCUCGACCAGCGACGAACGGUUCGUGUUAUCCAAAAACCAGCUCCCUACGCCCCUACAAGAUUUCCCUCGGUUACGCAAGACUGGGGCGCCGCAGCGCAAGACUUCGAGCGCCUAGUACGGGUCAAGAAGGAGAUAAAGAAAGAAGCCCAAAUCGCUCUACAAACGCUCCAACCCAUUAUGGAGUCCCGACACGAGUCCCCUUCCCAGGCACUCGUACUCAGCGAUAAUGAGAGCUCGUGGUCCAGGUCCACGAGUGAGCAACAGCGGCGUGAAGAUGUCCCUCUUUCCUCGGUUGAAAAGGAUCACGAAAUCCCCGGGUCGCCUUCACAUCGGGUGUUGGGAUCCCCCAUGCGCGAGGAGGGUACAAACCAUAACAAUGAGGACCUCGCUAAGCGCAUGGCUAGUCAGGAACUAGGUGACUGGCCGCCUUCAUCGCGCCCAGCCACUCCCACAGAAAAGCCCUCCCCCGUCAUACGCGACGCAUCUCAUAGCCAGGUCUCGGUUGCGCAGUCGGUCACAGGCCAUGCGCCACUGGCUGAUUCCCCCGCCCUUCAGCUAGAACGUGAAAGCGGCACGCAUUCGAUAUCUCCACAAAAGGUCCCUGGUCCUGGCGAAGGGCAACCGAAGGAGGUUUCUACGAAUGUGUCGACAAGCGAGGAAUCUGACGUCGAGUCCACCGAAAGUGACGAAAGUGAUGAAAGUUCGAGUGAAGACGAACCGGAUCAGGAUGGCGAUGUCACAAUGCAGGAUGAAGCUACGACGAAUGGCCAGCAGCCCAGCCCUGCCACAAACGGUAUCUCACACACUGCCAUCGAAAUCCCUUCCCCACGCUUUACCGGUGCGGGGGUUCGAUCGAGGAAGAGGAAAAACAGCCAGGAGCAUUUGGAACCCAAUAAGGAGCCUCGUUUGGCCGGAACCACGUCCCCGCCUAAGGAGCCAAGCAGACAAAAAAGCGUGGAUAGGGCCCCAGAAACUCCGAUGAUCAGUCCAACGACGAAGAAAUCCGAACGAACAUCCUCAUUUUCGGGAGUUGGCCGUCGUCUCAGCUUCUCUGACCGGCCCUUCGAGACCUCAAAGCCAGGCUUGGGGCUGGGCAUUACAAAGAGCCCAGCGAAAAAACCAUCGGUCAUUUUGGAAUUAUCUCAGGGAUCAGCGGAAACAAGCGUGGCGCCGACUAGCACCCCUAUUCCUUCAAGCAGUGCGCCUACCAUCCGACGGGCAUCAGUGACACAGAACAUCUCGACCCCAUCCAAUGCUCAGACUCCUGCAGAUAAGGCUAAACAUCUUCCUUCGGCCCUGCGCAAGGACUCGCCUGCGGAACGACACUCAGAACACCGCUCAGUAUCAUUUGUGGAUGAAGACGAUAUUCGCCUCACUGGAUCCGGUCCACCGCCAAGGUCAACUCCUCUGGACGCUGCCGAAUCUCCCAAAUCUACACCAGUGUCCCGCCCAUCCGGCUCGCAGAAGAGAUUGUCGAAUGGGAACUCGAUGAACUUUCCUACUGGAGUAACCCCGGAACGCCUUCAGCAAAUUAUGCAAGAAGUGAAUGAGAAGAUGGAGCGACAAAAUCGGGAGAAAGCCGAGUUCGAGGAAAAGAUCAAAGAGGCAGAGGGGCAGGCUGCGAAAUCCGAAUAUUUGAGGAAACUGAAAGAAGCAUACGGGGCCUGGCAACGUCUGCUCAAGUAUGAGAAAAGUGGACGGCAGGCCGACAAAACCGCUGCUAAAAAACUUCGUCCUAAGUUUGAGGCACUGCGGAAGGAACUUGAGAAACUAGAGGCUUCUUCCGCAAAGACGGGCUCGUCGCAAGCCACGCAAAAACACUCCGGGCCGUCGGUGAAGCCUUCUCAACCUAAACAAAGAAAGGAUGAUAGCGUUCCCCAGCCCAUGGAGACGCCACCGCUCAACGGCGCUGAGGAUGACAUUGAGACGGUUUCGAUAACACAGGUAACACCCUGGAAGGCAAUUAAUAGGGAUAAGACUCCCCUGACACCAAAUGGCACGGGUCCUCGGGCCACGCUGCAGCCAAAACCAACCCCCAAGCCUUCUACGGGCAAGUCCUCGGUUCCAGUUGCCAAGGCCCCGUCGUCUCAAUCCCAGAGCUCAAACGGGUCUGACGACCUGGAGCUACCUUCCAUGGGGGUUCAAGCUAGACGAAACAGCACUCCCACCGUGAACGGCGGCUGGAAACCAGCACCAGCACCAGCACCAAAGAAACCCGUUGAAGGAUCCUCGUCGGAAGAGUCCGAGUCCGAGUCCGAGUCCGAGUCCGAAUCUGGGUCCGAAUCUGAAGAUGAUUCCGGCCCGGAUUCUAAAGAGAGCGUCAAGAAAGCUCCCACUGCUCCUGCCGCGAAGAAACCACCCCGGAGUGCUUCCCCAGUCUCUGGCCAAGUUGUAUCGGGCAAAUCACCUGCUCCUUCGUCGCAACCUACCGCCUCCUCCCAGUCCUGGAGAUGGCCCGCUACCGCGACGCGGGCAACGCGAGCCACGCUGAAAGCUCUUCUAGUUGACCAGCAGAAGGAAGUUGCGCAGGCCGCACCAAAGCCCGCACUCAAACGGAGUGGCAAUGCACCGGGCAGGAAGAGUAUUUUCUCUCCCCCAGGCAGUGAUUCCGACGAGACGGAAAGCGAAAGCGAAAGUGAGAGCUCGAGUUCCAGUGAUAGCAGCGACAGCGAGGAUGACAAGGACAAAAAGAAGAAGAAGAAGAAGAAUGAAACGCGCAGCGAAAGCCCCGUUGGUGCUGAUGGAGGAGAUAUCAUGUCCAAUGGACAUGUUCGAAAACUCAAGCCUGCUUGGAAAUUGCAUUAGGGUUUCUCGUGUUAGUUGCUUUCGUUCAGCGACAUUUUCGGUGUUGGUGGCUUUUUUUUUUUUUUUUUUUU